CUGCAGACACAGAUCCGCUUUUCCGCGUGUUUGCAGAUGCCGCGAGCUCGCGGGUCCUUCCCUCGCGCCCCUCCGCCGCGCCCUUCAGGACGCCGGGCCACGCGGGCGGGCUGCUGGGCCGGAGCGGAAGGCGCCGCCUGGACCUUGAGCCCCUUGUCCGGAGUGGAGCGGCCCGGCCCAGCUAGCGCGCAAAGCCGCGGUCCAGGAGAUGCGCGGGCCACCGGGGCCACGGCAAAAAAAAAAAAAAAAAAAAAAACCCUUCGGGGCCGGGGGCGUGACGGGAGGGCGUGGUCUGCGGGGCCCCGCAGCCUUGGCCCCGCCCCCGGCCCCCUCGGAAACACGGACCGGCUGGCGUCCGGCGGAGAGGCAGCCGGGCGAGUAGUUCCGCUCUCCGGGCGGAAGUGCUCGGGAGUGUCCCGGCCGCUGACCAGCUGGCGUCAUGGUGGCGCAGGUGCUGGAGGUGUCUCACGUGUUUUGCUGCCCGAACCGCGUUCGCGGAGCCUUGAGCUGGAGUCCCGGGCCCGGAGGACUGCUGGCCUUCGGCACUUCCUGCUCCGUGGUUCUGUACGAUCCUCUGCCCCUUCCACAGAAUUAGUUUCUGGAGGAUCUGAUAAUCGAGUGAUUCACUGGGAAAUAGAGAAUAAUCAGCUUUUAAAAGCAGUUCGUCUCCAAGGCCACGAAGGACCUGUUUAUGCAGUGCAUGCUGUUUACCAGAGUGGGCCAUCAGACAGUGAGCCACGAACCCUGAUAGUUUCUGCAGCAUCAGAUUCUACUGUUCGAGUCUGGUCUAAAAAGGGGUCAGAAGCAAAAUGCCUUCAGAUUUUGAACCUGGAGGAUGGAUUCAUUCUGGCUGUCAGCCUCUCUUUUCUGCCCAGUACUGAUGUGCCAGUAUUAGCAUGUGGUGAUGAUGACUGCAAAAUUCAAUUAUUUGCUCAACAGGAUGAUCAGUUUCAGAAAGUACUUUUUCUCCAUGGACAUGAGGACUGGAUCAGAGGCGUGGAAUGGGCAGCCUUCGGUGGAGAUCUCUUCCUAGCAAGCUGCUCACAGGAUUGCCUGAUAAGGAUAUGGAGGCUAUGUAUGAAGUCAUCUUCAGAGACUCAAGAUGAUGAGAUAAGACUGAAGGAAAACACUUUCACCGUGAGAGAUGGAAAUAUUAACAGGACAUUUGCAGUUACUCUGGAGACUGUGCUGGCUGGACAUGAAAAUUGGGUAAACGCAGUUCAUUGGCAACCUUCAUUUUGCAAAGAUGGUGUUCUGCAGAAGCCAAUGAGAUUGUUGUCUGCCUCCAUGGAUAAAACCAUGAUUCUUUGGGCUCCAGAUGAAGAGUCAGGAGUUUGGUUAGAACAGGUUCGAGUAGGUGAAGUAGGUGGAAAUACCCUGGGGUUUCACGAUUGCCAGUUCAGUGAGGACGGCUCCAUGAUCGUGGCUCAUGCUUUCCAUGGAGCACUGCACCUUUGGAAGCAGAGUGCAGUGAACCCGAGAGAGUGGACUCCAGAGAUUGUUGUUUCAGGACACUUCGAUGGUGUCCAAGACUUAAUGUGGGAUCCAGAAGGAGAAUUUAUCAUCACUGUUGGUACCGAUCAGACAACUCGCCUUUUCGCUCCAUGGAAAAGAGAAGACCAGUCACAGGUGACUUGGCAUGAGAUUGCAAGACCCCAGAUACAUGGAUACGACCUGAAAUGCUUGGCAAUGAUUGAUCGGUUUCAGUUUGUGUCUGGAGCAGAUGAGAAAGUUCUUCGAGUUUUUUCUGCUCCUCGGAAUUUUGUGGAAAGUUUUUGUGCCAUUUCGGGGAAGUCGCUGAGUCACGUACUUUGUGAUCAAGACCGGGAUCGUCCAGAAGGAGCCACUGUCCCUGCAUUGGGACUAUCAAAUAAAGCUGUCUUUCAGGGAGACAUGGCUUCUCAGCCUUCUGACGAAGACGAGCUGUUGGCUGGUUUCAAGUAUCCCCAGGUGGCCUUUCAGCCCUCCAUCCUUACUGAACCUCCUACUGAGGAUCAUCUUCUGCAGAACACUUUGUGGCCUGAAGUUCAAAAACUGUAUGGACAUGGCUAUGAAAUAUAUUGUGUGGCUUGUAACGGUUCAAAGACUCUGCUUGCCUCUGCUUGCAAGGCAGCUAAGAAGGAACACGCAGCCAUCAUCCUUUGGAACACCACUUCCUGGAAACAAGUGCAGAAUUUGGUCUUCCAUACCCUGACUGUCACACAGAUGGCCUUCUCACCUAACGACAAGUUCUUACUGGCUGUGUCCAGAGAUCGAUCCUGGUCACUGUGGAAAAGGCAGGAUACCAUCUCACCUGAGUUCGACCCGAUUUUCAGUCUCUUCGCCUUCACCAACAAAAUCACUUCUGUGCACAGUAGAAUCAUCUGGUCCUGUGACUGGACGCCUGAUAGUAACUAUUUCUUCACUGGGAGUCGAGACAAAAAGGUGGUGGCCUGGGGCGAGUGUGACGCCAACGAUGAUCUCAUUGAGCACAACAUUGGUCCUUGCUCCUCAGUCCUGGAUGUGGGCGGCUCUGUGACAGCUGUCAGCGUCUGCCCAGUGCUGAACCCAGCCCAAAGGUAUGUGGUUGCAGUCGGAUUAGAGUAUGGAAAGAUUUGCUUAUAUGCCUGGAAAAAGACUGAUCAAGUCCCAGAAGUAAACGACUGGAUGCCCCUUGUGAACACAAGUCCAAGCCAAAGUCAUACACUUGCCAUCAGAAGGUUAUGCUGGAAGAACUGCAGAGGGAAAGCUGAGCAGGGCGAAGGAGGUGUGGAGUGGCUGCACUUCGCAAGCUGUGGGGAAGAUCACACUGUGAAGAUCUACAGGGUGAACAGAUGUGCUCUGUAAUGAGCUUGGCCACACUUUGAAUCUUCAGUUGGUCCUUAAAUGUUUGUCAUGUAAAUAGAUCACCUUUCUUACC